GAGAGAGAGAGAGAGAGAGAGUAAGGAGAUGUUAAAGCGAGAGGGUGAGCUAAUUAACUAAUUUUUCGCAACCGACUCGAGAAGAAGAGACCAUUGCGACACGUCACGGCGGAUCGGAGUUAGUUCAAUGUAUACACAUGCCAACGGCUUGACCGGAAGUCGGAUUACAUUGUUCUCUGCGAGCGGAUGCACCUCUCCAUGCCUUUGUAUUCGAGUUCUUGUUUACUGUUUACCGGUUACGAGCUCGUGCUCGCGUGCGAAUGAGUACCCCCAUUGCUCCAGCUUCUUCUAUUCUUCGUUUCCAAUUCAAACUUGGGAGAAGGAGAAGAUAUCAUCGAGUCUUUCGCUGUGACAGCUGAACUGGUCAAGAUUAAUCGACGAAAUGGAAAAUACUAGGAGAGGGGAGAAUACUCAUCCCUCUGAAACGGAUCCUUCUCAAGAUCCAAGGUCGCAGGAGAAAAAGAUCCAACCAAUAAAACGACCGUAUGUGUAAUAGAGAAUAGAUGAGAUCUCGGAAAAGAUUAACCAAAAGAAAGGCUUCAGUAUGGAAGACGACGACUUUGGGUUUACUAAAAGGGACAAUAGAGCCCUAGUGAAGGUUUUAACCGUUGAAAAAGAAGGAGGACAAAUACAAGAGGAGAAAGAGCCGUCUUCAGCGCCGACGAGGGCUGUGGCCGCCGGUGGAAGCGGUGGAAACAACGUUCCUGACCGUCCCAAGACCUCCCCCUCGUCAGUUCCAAACAACACGCCGAACAUACCGAACGUCGUCGAGUAUCAUCUCAAAGUCAAACCAUCUUCUAAACCUUACAAACACGAAGAACAAUCUAAAAAUAAUCGUACAGAAGAAAUGAAGAAUUUAUCAUCAUCGACGGAAAAGAAGAAAGACCUGAUAACAAAAUUAUCUCGUCUGUCGAUUGAUAAUAAUGUGUUCGAGGGGUCGACUGAUUUGCCGCAGGUGUUUCAGGUAAAAUAUUUAGGAUCCCACGAUGCAAGGGGCCUCUGGGGCAUAAAACAUACCAGACAACCGGUCGAUAACAUGGUGUCUUCGGCUAAAGCUUUACCGACCAAUACGAUGCUGCCUUUGAUCAAACUAGUGGUCUCUCAAGAAGGUGUAGCACUUUUACCGCUCGACAAGAGGAAGCAGGAAGCAAAUUCUUCGAGAAUGUACGCGAUCGAGAAUAUAUCCUAUGGCGUGCAAGAUCUCGUUUAUACCAGGGUAUUCUCAAUGAUCGUCGUUCGUGAAACGGACAAUUUUCGAAGGGUUUCACCUUUCGAGUGUCAUGGCUUUGUUUGUGAAUCGAAACAUCAUGCCAGACAACUCACCUAUGCACUUGCAACUGCAUUUGAAAUUUAUUCGAGAAACGUCAAGAUUCAGGACAAAGCUAAUUCCCAAAAUGUGGUCAGUAAUACCAAGAAAAGGUUCGCUAUCGAUCUUCGAAGUCCUGAAGAAAUCGAAGCCGAUCUUUGUAUGGAUUCUGAAGCGUGAAUGAUUUUAUUUCUCAGAGACUAACCAUGUAAUUUAAAGAAGUAUUUUUUUUUUCGACGUUUCUUUCGUACGAAUGUAAUACGUGUAAUUACGUUAUCGAACGAUACAAAAAUUGCAACUCGAGUGAUUUGAAAUAUUUCUAUGUUCAUUUUGUGAUGAAUACAUUUCUGUCGAGAACGUUGCAUUUUACAGGAAACAAAACGAUACAGGGUUACGACAAUAGAAAAUUGUUUAUAAGCACAAUUAAUGGAAAAUAUCUGUCUAGUGUAUUAUAGAUUUUUGGCUUUACCAUAAUUCCUACAGAGUAAAUUAUUUCUAAUGUUUAUAUACUUAUGUAUAUAUUUUACUUAAUUAAAAAAAAAAAAAAAACAGAAUAUAAACGUAUGCCAGUACCAGCGUUGAAGGAGACAAACUUUUCAUAUUAUUAAUAAUAUUAUGUAUAUUUUAUUUUAUAAGAAAUAGUUAUUAUACAGGAAAUACGGGUUUCGUGUAUAAAAAUUGUUCAAAUUUUAUAUAAAAAAUAAUUGUAACGCAUUUUGUACAUAUAUAUGUAUAUACAAUGUUUUCUUUCCGUUUAAUUUGAAGAUCAACAGAAGUGUAAUUAUGGAAUUAAACGUUCCAUCAUCUUAUUGCAAUUAUAAUGAUUUUCGAAUGAAACGAAAAGAUAUUUUGAUUAUUUUUUUUCCGUAAAUAUGAAAAUGCAGAUUAUUAUGUGUUUAAUCAUUUUUAUUGGCUUUACGAAGAAAGGUUGGGCAUUGCCUAUCCACAACAUGAUGGCUAGCUAUCCAAAGAUACUGAAUAGAAGAAAAGAAUCAUAUAGUCAGCGGUAGUUUAUGACUUGCCGAAGCGACUUUUAGGAUUUUGCGACAAAAGUGUGUAAUAAUGAUCGCGUUUAAAAAACAAAAAACAAAAAACAAUAAUAAUAAAAAAAAAAAAAAAUAGUUUGAAUUUAUUUCUAGCCGCUUUGUGUGUUGAGUGUUUAUUUUUUUCAUUGUGUAAUAAGUUAAUUUUUUUUCGAGUAAUCAUCUUUUUAAUCGAGUCUUAUUUUAUUUUAUGAUUUAGUAAUGUUUUAGCAAAGAUUGUAUCUAUAAUAUAUAAUAUUGGAAGUAUUUUUUAUACAUAAGAAAUUAGGAGACUAAUAUACACGUUAGAUUUUGUAUUAUCUUGCCGAUACUAUUUUCUAAUCAUUUAGAUUCUAAUCAUUUAUCCUACGUUUUUUUAGAUUUAAUUCUAUUUAUAUAUAUAUAUUUAGUUAUUUAAGUUGGAAAACCAAUAUCGAUACAUAUCAAUGAUCACAUAAUUGGGUGUUUGAAACAACACUGUAUUUAAUAUUACGAUAAUGGUAUUUAAUAUUUCUAUUUAGUUUCUUUUCUUUUCGUUGUAUUUCCAAUUAGUUUUACACUAGAUGGAUAAGUCACUUUUUUAGUAACAUUAUCUUCUCCAUUACUGCUGUGUUUAGUAUGUAUUGUACUUAAAUUACAUAUUAUAUUAGUACAAAUAUUCUUCUAAAAGACUUAUGAUGUUAAUUUUUAUUUUCCGAUAUAUAAUUAAUGAUAUUUUAUAAGGAAUUCAUUCAAAACAAGGUCGAUAUUUAAUAACGUAUAUUUGUAAAAUUACACACAAAUCUUAACCAACGAAUUAAAAGUCUUUAAAAGAAAUUUUAGAGACCAUCAAAUAAUUCAGAAAAAUAAUUUAAAGUUCUUGUUUUUACACGAU